GUUCGCCUCGAGCGCGAGACUUCCUGCCGCUUCAGUGUCGUGCGCGAUUUCGUACGCGACGCUUGGCGAGGCGGCAACUGUGCCAGAGCACGACUCGCGCGCGCCACGCUCUCGCCGCUUCAGAUCGGUGACAGGUCGCACGCGGCGUAUAUCGGCUACAUUCGGCUUCACGCGAGAUUCCGCCUGUGAGUCCUGGCCAUGAUCGAGCCUGGCGAUCGGACUCGCGACAGGAAAGCGCGAUACAACGACGAUCGAACGGAAGACCGAAUUACAAAUCGGCCGCGAGAAGCAGCGAGACGAUUGAUCGUGGAAAACUCGACGCGCGAUUGGCACGCGUAAAUAGAAACACGUUGGAAACAGGUCGCACGCGUCGUCUGGUCUAGCCUCCCUCGAUAAUCGUUCGUACGGAAUAAUAACCGGACGGUCGCGUCAAAAUGACGCGGGUGUAAUAGAAACUGUUUGGCAACUGGGAGAGGAUUAAUCUUCGGGGCAGAAUAAAGCCCGGGGUCCCACCGAGGUAGACAGGUGGCUUGUCAGUCAUCCCGCCGCGAAAUAGGAGCUCGUGCCGCGAUAGAGCCACGCGAUAGUAAAUCACAAGGUGGCGGGAUUUCGCGCGGCUGUCAGGCGGAAACGUCGUUCCAUUCCGCUCCGCUCCGCUCCGACUGACAACACCCUCUUCAGCACGUCACGCGGCCGACAGGCGAGUUUUACGAAACGUAUCGCGCCGAGACGACGACUUGGCGAGGAUUCGCCGCUGCCGCUGCCGCCGCCGCCGCCGCCACUGCUGUCGUCAUUAUCUUUAUCGUCGUCAUUACCAGAAACCAUCAGAGUCAACCACUCUGCUGACUAGUCCGAUGCAAUUCUCGAUUGUCGUAAAUAACGCCACGCAUUUUGGCGAGUACCCGGCCGUGUGCGGUCCUCGGGUCGCGUGUACGUGUGUGCUGCUGCCACGGUGGAAUCCCGCUCGUAAUGACUCGUAAUUGCGCGGAGGAGGAGCCGACGUCGUGCUGGAACGAUUUAAGGGACACCUAGCAGCGCCACCCGCACCCUCCGUUUAUAAUGAUUAGGUGCACGCGACUACGGGGAUUACCUGGUUGAGGUGGAGGACCUCGAGGUGCUCCGAGACGCGAGGGUGGUCGGAGACGGAGAGGCUAACGUGAGGCUGAAAUCUGAAUACGAGGGUGGUGAGGUUGAUCGCGACCCCGUCCCGGCGAGCUCGUCCCUGGUACCUCUCGACCAAACGAUCCAACGGGCCGAUCGUUAGCACGCUCGGACGUGAAUCGUCGACGUUUUCACGGCGCGGCGUACUCGAUCGUUGGAAAGAUUCAAUUGGAAGGGCGUAAUGGACACGUCACCAACGUUAAGCAUCGGCGGUUCGAGGGCCAGGGCAGCCCUUUUGACCACCAGCGGCACCGGAACCGGCAGCUCCGACAGACGGGUCGUCUUUUUAGCAAGUCAACCCUCGGUCGGCAGCAGUCACGAGACCAAGACCUGGCCUCACCAUUGGUCGCCGCACACGACCGGAAACAGUUACAAAUCGCCAGAGGAAUCGCCGCACACGGAGCACGGCAGACUGAGGAUGUCCAGGGGCCAAGGAGGGUGGUCCGACGAGCCCUGCACUUCCGGUAGUGCGAGUCGUCGCGGUGCACGGCAAGCAACGGGAUCAUCAUCGAGAACGGCAUCUACCGUCUUAGAGGAGCGCGCUUCCGGUACUACACCGUGUAAAAGUGGCUUCAGAGUAGGGGUCUACGGCUGGAGGAAAAAAUGUCUUUAUUCUCUCGUGUUGACUCUUAUGGUCAUCGUCAUCCUCAACCUCGCCCUCACCGUCUGGCUUCUUAAGGUCAUGGGAUUUAGUUCCGAAGGUAUCGGCUCGCUAAAAGUGGUGCCUGGGGGAAUCGAGCUAAGAGGUCAAGCUGCCGUGUUAGACGCCCUCGUGGCCUCCAGUCUGAGAUCUCGGAGGGGCAAAAACUUGGUGUUGGAAUCAUGGAGUAAUUUUACGGCCUCGGCGAGAUCUCACGAUGGUCGGCUUCUCGCGCGAUUAACAGUUGGGGAGGAUCGCGUCGACUGUGUGUCUAGGGGUUUCCGAAUAACCGAUCCAAGUGGAGGAGUACUCUUCUCCGCGGACAGGAAACAGGUUAUCGUAGGGGCGGAAAUGUUGAGGGUGACCGGCGAUGGUGGUGCCGUUUUUCAAGGGAGCGUGCAGACUCCGCUGGUUAGAGGAGAAUCAGGACGCGGUCUCAAGCUCGAAUCAGCGACGAGGUCCUUAAAAAUAAACGCUCCUCAACGAGUGGUGAUCGAGUCUUGGGCGAACGAGAUUUCAGCCUCCUGCCUGACGGAUUUGAAGCUGCAAAGCGUUCAUGGAGCCAUCCGGCUUGACGCCAAGUCUGUCUACGUAAAAGGCUUGAAAACGGCGGUUCCGGUGCAAGGCCACUCUUCCAGGGAGCAACAGCAGCAGCAGCAACAGCAGCAGCAACAGCACUCCGGUAGAUCUUCAUCCGCUCAUCAGAGCCAGAAGGAGACAGCCAUCUAUCAGCUGUGUGCCUGUGCGAGCGGCAAGCUAUUUCUCGCCAGGCCGGAUGGCAGUUGUCAAGCCGAUAAAUCGAUUUGCUAAUACGAUUACGCGGUUCGACGGUGUACUGCACAGGAUGAUUCGUUAGGAAUCAUGGCAAACUAUGUGACUCCGUGAUCUUAGCGACAGGGAGCGGAAAAUGCACUGCGAUCGGCCAUCGGCGCGAUCGGGGACGUGGCCUUCAUUGGAACACUGCAAACGAUAUCAAACGAAUCCACCGUGCCGAACGGGCGAAGAUGCCCCCCAAGUGCAACGUGUCAUUAUACUCGCAGCGGAGAAAGAAUCAGACAGAGAACUCGUUAUAAAUACGCAUAGUCGAAUCUAAUUAAUUAUUCCCAGCACGCGCGCUAUUUUUUAAUGAACGCGGCGUAUGCGCGAUACGCCUUCAAGUGCCGGGCGCUCUUCGAGAAUCUCUGGUUUAUUUAGGGCCUAAUCUGUGACGAGCUGACGAGCGACGUCGCACCCCUCCAAAGUGCGUGUAUGUCAAUUAAAUGGAAUUGCAUCGAGCGCUUUUCCUUUUUUUUUCUCUCUCUCUCUCCUUUUUUCCUGUCCCGUAUUUCACAGUUCGACGUCAGUCGCGUUUAAUUGAGUUGUCGUAUAAGGGCACAAUCGGGCGUUGCUGCGGCUUCAAUCCCGCGCUUAAGGCACACGUCAAUCUUCUCUAGUCACGGCGUUUCACGGCGCAAUUUUCGUUCCGUGAAAUAUCCGACCGAUCCGGCGGCGAGACGCGCGAAUGAAUGUGUCGGGCGUUUCCUUCGCAGCGGGGAACGCACCCGUCGCGCGGGCACAAAGGAAAUUCCCGCGAGGUCUUGACCGGAAAAAUUCUUUCGAAUUCGCGAGUAUUUGAGGAAUUCUCUCUAAGGAAUAUUCUUUCCAAGCGAUACUCGGACCGAAGGCUCUUCCUUUUAACUUUUGCUCGCGCCAGCGCCAUGUCGACUAAUGCAACACACGCGAGAUAGAGAGGGAGAGCGCGAGAUUGUCGUCGAAAGUCGCCAAUCUUGCAUUGCAAAAGAAGUCUCGCGAUGCGACAUUUCUUCGCCGUUCCGCGGCGCGCUCACUCGCUCGGCGCCCUGGACACGGCUCGAACUUGCACAUUUUUUCUCCGGCGAGGUGACAUUUGUCGGGGAUCCUCGAGAUAUCUAUCUCGGAAAUCCCGGAGAAGAACCAGAUCCCCGUGGAAUCCACGAAUAGAACUAUGUGUACGUAGCACUGUCGUCAACGCUACUACGCGACGCGCGAUGCUCGAACCGAAUUCUCAUCUCACGUUCGUGGCUAAACGAAAUCGCGAGAUUCUUACUAAAUUCAGUGCAACCUUUAGGAAAGGAGAUAUGAAAUAAAAUGGCUGCGUGCUAGGUGCCAGGUUAAUCGUGUGAAACGAGAUGUUAAACGUGAUGCCGAAGACGACAGAUAAAGGCAGAAAUUCGGAACACUUUGUAUCGAGGAGACGAAACGCGCUUAUCGCCGUUAGACGGUGACCGGUAAAAUUGAAUCGACGAAACCCCUCGAGAUCAUCCCUCUUUCGUUCCCGUCCCUUCGUAGCACUUCCGUCAUCUCCUUGCGCGUUCGAUAUACUUUAUAUCCUAUGUAUUGGGUGUAUGCCUCGCGCGGCAAAACCACUUGUAGGCAAAUCGUUCGUAGCUCCCCGCGCUCUCGCUGAUGACACGGGACAUCCUUUCAAGGAGAUCACUCCUCGCGAAUCGCUUAUUUCUAACGCGGUGUCUGUUUACCCGUGCUCCGAUACAAAGUAGAAGCGUUGUUGUAAGUAGGGCGACGAUUGCAUCGGGCUGCGCGUGCCGCCGAAAAAAAGGGAGAAAAAGUUAGAGAGAAAGAGAGUGUACGUGUCCUAAGUAUACGUGAGAGUAUGCGUGUGAGUACAUGAGAAUGUGAGAAACUGUAACGGUAGUUUGACGCAACCGGAUCGAAUCACGGUCCAGCUUGUACGCUGUACAUCGGCCAUGUCCAUUUAUUUAUGUAUGUGGCAAUAAAGUCGUUAUUGUUAUUAUUAUUAUUAA